AUGAUUAGCGCUGAUGAUUUAACGAUUACAAAGCCAAGAACAUUGCAUGCAAGAAGACCUGAGGAAAGUAUUCGUACUAUAGGCUCCAAUCCCUCAUCAUCCAACCUUCGUGAGGAACUUACUAAAGAAGGAACAAGAUAUGUUCAUAACUCCAUAGCCAAGAUUGUCAAACGGAUUUUGGAUGAAAAUCAUCAGGUCCCUGGGAUAUCUGUCCCUUUACAAAUCGUGAUUCCUGAUCCUCCCAAGAGCAAACAUAAUGAUAACGAUGUUCACACUGCUGGUAGUGACAUUCACAUGACUAAAGAAGAUAACAAUGAAGAGGUUCAAGAAGAUACUGAUAAAACCAAUGUCACUGAGGAUGUCAAUGACAUCGAAAAUUCUGGAACUGAUGAUAGUUCAAGGGCAGAUGAUGGAACAGGUACAAAUGUUGUGGAUGUAGAUGAGUACUCUGACAAUGAUUUGGUUUCUACUGUGAACCCUAGUGUAGCUGAAAGGCUCAUGACUAGGAGAAAAGGAAAAGCUGUGAUGCAGAAGUCUCCCGCAAAGAAAGCUGAUGUUAAAAGCCCUUCCAAAGACUCUAUCAAGAAGAAGAGUACCGCUGCAGGACCUAUAAAGAGCAGAGUUGUGGCUAAAAGUUUUGGUAUUGGUCCCUCAAAAUCUUGGAGCAAGGUUGUUCCAAAGAAGAGGAAGGCAAGAGCUGUUAAAGAAUUCGAGUCUGAUGUUGAAGUGAAUGUCCAUGACAUUCCAUUAAAGAAGAAGCCCACAACUAGCAAGCUUGCUGCUAGUGUACUUGAAGUUCCCAUUGACAAUGUAUCCUUCCACUUUGCUGCAAGUGCAAACAGGUGGAAAUUUGUGUAUCAAAAGAGACUGGCCCUUGAGAGGGAAUUGGCUCAAAAUGCUCGUAACUAUAAGGACAUAAUGGACUUGAUUGAGGCUACUGGCCUAAUAAAAUCUGUUGUCCAUCUGAGUAAAUGCUAUGAUAUAUCCAAGGAAUUCAGAAAAGUGUUUGUAAGAGGAAAAUGUGUUAACUUCUCUUCCACUGUGACCAACAACCUAUUGGGAAGGUCUGAUGAAGCUCAAUCUGAGCUUAAAGUCUCUGAUAACAAGGUAUGCCAAGUUAUCACUGCAAACCAAGUCAGGAGCUGGCCCUUGAAAGGAAAAUUGUCUGCUAGUAAACUAAGUAUGAAGUAUGCAAUGCUGCAUAAGAUUGGGGCUGCUAAUUGGGUGCCAACAAAUCACAAGUCUACUGUCCCAACUAUUCUUGGAAGAUUUAUCUAUGCUGUUGGUACAAAAGCAAAGUUUGACUAUGGUACCUACAUUUUUUAG